AUGGCGAAGGGAAAAAUAAAUGGCGAGACUGGCAAAAAUGCAAAAUCCAAGACCAACCCUAUAGAAGAAGUCAAUGCUAAAGAAGACAGCCUCUUCAUUAAGGACCACCUCCCAUCGCUACCAUCACGAUGGACGCACCCAACCUCACAAACAGAAUACACAAUCCAGCUCCUUCAAGCGCGUAGCUUGACAGAAACACAACUCAACGCGUGCUUCUCACUCAUCGAGCACACCAGCCGCGCAGACUACGCGUCCUCCUCAACGGGAUGGCACCCCGUCGCCAAGAAGAAGGAGAUGCGGACCCCUGAGCUGCGGUACAUUUUGGUCCAGCAUGAGGGAAAAGUCUACGGGUUCACGUCGCUGAUGCCGACGUGGGAGAAUGGCGAGGCGGUGGUUUACUGCUAUGAGAUUCAUUUACGGGAUGAGCUUCGGGGGACGGGAUUGGGAAAGUUGCUGAUGGGGUAUUUGGGAGCUGUGGCAGAGAGUAUAGCGGGUGUUGAAAAGGUCAUGUUGACGUGUUUUGUGAGUAAUGAGUCGGCGAGGAGGUUUUAUGAGGGUUUGGGGUUUGGCGUGGAUGAGUGGUCGCCGGGGGAGAGGAAGUUGAGGGGGAAGAGAGUGGUGCCAGAUUAUAUGAUUAUGAGUCGGAGGGUGAAGAGGAGGGAUAGAGAUGGGGAUCGUGAGUGA